CUUCGGUUGGUGCACUCUGUGCGCGCUUGCUUCUAGGUUUGACCGGGAGGUCGCCUGUCUUCGAUGUCUGCAGCAGCAAGAAACGAAAAACAAUGACCGCCUCCGGACCUUUCGGGCCCGCGCGGCGCCCGUCCGGCGCUAGAGCAGCAGCGCGGCUAGUACCUGUACUCUUGCUCGCCGUGUUUAUCCCCAAACCUGCCCGCUCGACGACCGCCUGGAAUUCCACGCUGCAGGACCUGACAGAUACCGAUAUACUGCACCAAAACCUGAUAGCCUCCCUGGAAAAGGCGCGCGAGUGGGCACAGCUCGUCUAUCGGAACCAGGACGAACUGCAGCGGCGCAUCCGCGCCCGCAUCGUCGCGGGGGACGACGCGGGCAGUUGCGGAUUGGCGAACCAAACCGGAAGCCCAGCUACAGCAGGACCCAGCACUUCUCCCACCCAAGAACCGGUGCGGGUGCUCGGCGUCGUGGACGCGCCAUUCACCAUGCUCAACGAACAGACGGGCGAGUUCUACGGGUUCGUGCCGGAUUUGCUCACGCUGAUUUCCGAAGCCCUCGGCGUCCAGUUCCGCUUCGCGAACUUGCGAAAACGGAACGACACGUGGUACGACGGGGCGCGCACGGUUCCGGACCCGGAGGCACUGACCAUCUCCAAAGAUUACAGCUACGCCAACGUGAUCACCCGCGUGCUCGCGGGGGAGGCAGACUGGACGUGGGCGC